AUGUACGGUAAUUUUAACGCACCUGGAAUGUCUCAGUACGCUAUUCGUAAGCAGUCACGUGAUGAAGACGAGGCUGAUGAGAACACCGAACGACACCAAACGCCUCCGUUACUAACUUCAAGACUGAGUAUGUUGGGGGCGAAAGGAAUCGAGAGUGGUAAAGCGCUGAAUCGUGUUCUAUCGCAGCACUGGAAUCACAGUGCAGAUGCGUUCACGAAAGCCCGUAAACAGUUUCGUGGACGCUUUCAACCACUCCAUAUGCGAUGGAAGAAGAGACUCGAAUAG